ACAACACUCUCUUUUGCCUUUUCAUUUUUCUCUCUCCCCCUUUCACCCAUCUUCUUUAAAUAUCCUCACUUUUCCCCAUGAAAAAACAGAGAAAAUUCCAUGGGUAAUUACAGGUUUAGAUUAUCGGACAUGAUGCCCAAUGCCUGGUUUUACAAGCUUAAAGACAUGGGCAAACCCAGAAACCAGAAACAACACCAGAUUCCAUCACCUUCUUCGUCGAAAACCAAACAGCCCCGCCAUUUUCAUCCCAGAAAAUCUUAUUACUUCACCAGAGAGCUUGUCCCGACCGAUGGAUUCUAUGUUCCUCGUACGAAAGACGUCAAAUCUGCAGGUUCUCAUCGUGUACUUGAUGAUCCGCCAAGAAAAUCUCGUCAGAAACGAUCCAGGAGAAGAAACAUCACCAAGUCUUCUUCUGAUGAUGAUGAUGAUGUGAAGCUUGUUGGCUCCUCCGUUUCCGCCGGUUGUCGCUGCCGUGCAACGCUCUGGACCAAGACUGAUUCUCCGCCGUCUUCCUCUUCUGACGGCAGCUCCCCGCCGCGAGAAUUCAGGUCUGACUGUAUUCUUACGACUCGAUCGUUUGGUAACAUGUUUUUCGUCGAGAAAUUCGAAAAGCUAGACGAGUUCGACGACUUUUCCGAACUUCAACUCCCUCGGAUCAUAACCAAGCCCGUCGAAUCCAACCAAAAGAAAGAACACAACAUCCCAAGGACUUCAACUAAGUUCGAAGAAAACAAUGUUCAUGGUUCAUACUCGUCGAAAGAAAACAAGAAAAUGUCUCCGGGGAGAAAAACAUGCGUGAAUUCUCCUGGCGUAAGGCUGAGAAUCAAUUCUCCAAAAAUCAAAACCCGAAAACUCCAUGGUCUCGCUCGGAAGAGCGUGUCGUCAGGUUUGAAUUUGAGUUUGAGCUCGAGAAAGAGUCUGUCGGGGAGUCUCGCGGUGGUGAAGUCGUCGUUCGAUCCGCAGAAAGAUUUCAGAGAAUCAAUGGUGGAAAUGAUUAGGGAAAACAACAUCAGGGCAUCAAAGGAUUUGGAAGAUUUGCUUGCCUGCUACCUUUCCCUCAAUUCUAAUGAAUAUCAUGGUCUCAUCAUCAAGGUUUUCACGCAAAUCUGGUUUGAUUUGAAUGAUGCCCGGUUGAAAUAAUUUACCUACUAAACAUAAUAAUUUACCUUGUCUAUUUUGUCCCUUCAAUCUUCUCUUGUAA